GAGCGAGAGAGUUAAGGGAGAAGGAUGGCAAGGGGACAGAUCUCCUGGCCUGUGGCUGCUGUUUCUUUGGAGCGCUGCAAGGAAGAACUGCACCUCUGAGCAUCACUUGGGGCCUUUAGGAAGGAGAAGAUUUGUUCAGUCCAAAAGAGGAAGACUCCCAGCAGGAACUCCGAGAAGAUGGAGGAAAAUCACCACAAAAGAUGGAGCUCCGCCAGCUGUGCCGUGGGAGCUGCUUCCAGCUUCGCCACCACGCUGGUGACCUUCCCCGUCUACAAGACCAUUUUCCGCCAGCAGCUCCAUGCCUUGUCUAUCACGGAGGCCAUCAGCCAGCUGCGCCAGGAGGGCCUUGCCGGCUUCGCACGAGGCAUUGCUCCUCCGCUCCUGGCCAGGACGUUGCAGGGGGCUUUGAUGUACGGCACCCACGACAACCUCCUUCGAGCCUUCUCAGACAGGUCCCCCAGGCCUUACUCGCUGAGAGACCGAGCCUUUGCAGGCCUCCUCUCGGGCUUCCUGGAAGCACUGGCCUUUGGCCCCUUCGAGAGGGUCCAGAACGUUCUCCAGGACGGGCGGACCGUGAGGAGAUUCCCCACAACCUGGAGCAUCCUGGAGGAAUUCAACUCCUACGCCCCCAAGGAGAGGCUGGCCCUGGGCUACUACCGAGGCCUCAGCCUCAUCCUGACCCGCAAUGGCCUGGGCUGUGCCCUCUACUUCUCCUUCAAGGACCCCCUCCGCGAUGGCCUGUCUGACAGGGGCUUGCCCCGCUGGCUCCCGGCCCUGGUGUCGGGCAGUGUGAACGGAACCGCCAUCUCCUUCCUCCUCUUCCCUCUCAGCGUCCUCAUCGCCAACGUGCAGUCUCAGGUGGGGAAGGAGGAGACCCUCAGACUCCCGGCGGCGGCUGCAGCCGUCUGGAGGGCUCGGGGCAGGAAAGCCACGCUCCUCUACAGAGGAGGGUCCCUGCUCAUCCUCCGGGCCGGAGUCACAUGGGGCCUCACCACAGCCAUCUAUGACUUGCUUGUGGACAUCAGGGGCUAGGAGACCCUAUCCCAUCCCGUUAAGGCCUUCCCAGAGCGGGGGGACAUUAUUCUGGGCCAGGCAAGAGAGGAAAGGUCCCCGUAGGGGAGGCAGGGAGAGGAAAACAGCACGGAAGACUGUUAAGUUGUGGGUAGACAUAGCAGACGACGCAGCGAUUCUCCAAACAGCUCUUUAUUUGUAAGCUGGAACAGAACUGAACUGAAGGGUUCGGCCAGCCUGCUGAUAUAGAGCUCCAGUACAACGUAACUGUAACAACUUUCUGUAACUAUCCAAUCACUGAACGUCACUUUCGAUCCCUUAUUUGCAUAUGUGGACCUGAACUAUCUACAGUAUCCCCCUGCUGGCCCAGGGUGAUAACUUCAGUACAUAACAAGGACAAUGUUUAAUCUCGGGGUGAGGUGGGGAAGAGACCCAGUUCUAGAGCAAAACAGCAGGUGGAAAAUACAGGCUGCAGAAUCCUCUGCAGAAACCUGAAGCUGAUGGAGAAACACCUGCUGAUCUUGCCACCUAAGGCCUUCUCCUCGAUCCAGUCUGUGCCUCCGACUGCAGUCCUCAGCACCAUCCGAAGUGGUUCCCAUCGAGAUGGGGACCUGCCUCUGAGGAACAGGCGCUUGCCUGGGGCUGGGCAGGACCAAAACUGGAGGUCCACGUCUCAGGUUCUUCCUUUUCGUACUAUAUGCUGGCAGUGCUGGUUUUCUAGAAAAAGAGGUGCCGCAACUCACCAUGAAUGCCUCCCUCAUUCUCUUAGAAUGGGAAUGGUGCCCACCUGAGAAGUGCCUCAACCCACCUGAGAGGUGCCAGGUGAGCUCUAGCUGGGGGGAAAAACUUGCUGCAUUAAUUAAUUUAAGCUGCAGUAUGAAACAAGCAUAAGGGGAAGUCCCUUUGAACACACUGCCACUUUCUUCUGAGUAAACGCAAGGGGGCAUCCACUGUUAAGAAACGCAGGCAGCAAGGAACAAACUGCAAUGCAAUGGUUGAAUUAAUUUGCACACUGAAGACUUUGAUAAGCCAAACUCACCUCUGACUCAUGAAGUGGGCCUGUACUUAUUGCUGCAGAUAUAUGCACCCACAUGCGUACCUAGAUAUUCAGUAUUACAGUAUACAGACACAAAUCGUUAUGUGUAAUGCAGUAAACCUUGCUUUUUUUAAGUGAGCUGUAUCUCUGUACUGACUAAUGGCAUGAAUUAAACUGAUUCAGUAGAAAGAACUCUUCGAAUAAUUA